UUAACCGGCAUUUUGAAGGUGCUUUUAGUACUAGUACUGUCAUACAUUUUGACCGUUAGCCGUUGGCAUAAAAUGCAGAAUACCACAAUAACACCAGUUAAAGCCGGUUGACAAGCUGACAUCCCCCACAACAAUGUAACCUUCUCCCGGCAUGCAGCUACAGGAGCCAACCGACCCGACCGCGGAGUCGGACGAGCCCGGCAUCCAACCGGAGCAACUGAUUGAGGAACUAGAGCAUUCCCGGCUGGUACUGCACGUGGUGGAGUACGAUGGGCGUCUGUUCGACGAGCACUGCCGCACCGGCACCGCUCAGUUCAGCCGCGAUGUGGCCGCACUGGUGCAACGCCGGGAUGCCGCCCAGGCGGCCAUCCACUCCACGGAGACCGACGAUACCGGCUUUCUCCGCGAUAUGUUCGUCCGCUUCGGGCGCGGACAACAGGAGGCGCUGGCUUAUGGUCGCAUGACCGUGCCGGAAGCAAAGAGUGUGCUGAAGAAAAAGAUCAUGUAUCUGCGCAGGAAGCUAGAUGCGCAGACGUACCGGCGACUGCAGACCCGGAAGCAGGCGAUCAAAGAGCGGCUGGCCCGUGAGCGUCUGGAGAGUCUGGAGCGGGAGAAACGGGAAGCGGGCGAAACGGCGUUCAAGGCCGACACCAGCAAUACGGUGCUAAAUCGGCUGGCCCGGGAGACACGCCAGAUGAUUGAAGGCAUCAACGGGACGCUGGUGUACGUCGACCUCAUGGCCGACAUGGGACGGAAACUGGGUCGGGUCCGCGGAUAUCUCGGCGAGGACGCCAACCGCUUCGAGAGUACACUGAUUAACUUGGAGGAACGAAUCCGACUGCAGGAAAAGGAGAUGACCUAUUUGGCUAACGUCUUCGCCGAAUCGUCGCGGGCCAAGGAGCGCGCGGAAAAGUCCUUCGCCAGCACCAGCGAAGAAAUGCGCAGGAGCGAGCGCAUCCGCGACGCCAUGCUGCGGGAUGUGCAAGCGGCGCUGGAGGAGCACAAGGCCAUCUGUCGGCAAUGUAUGGAGCAGCUGGUAACCUUGAACGCCACCCUCAAAAGCAGCGCCAAUGCCUGCCCCCUCCGCUGUGACCCCAUCAUCAAACCGUUCCCGCACGCCCUGAGCGCUAUACGCAACCGCCCUGGGAGUAAGCGGCCUCCGGACACCCUUUUGCCCACCCACACCGAGCUGCAACGCACCUUUGCUACUCUUCUAGACCUGACUAAGGCCGGUAAUGCCCGCGAGCUGGUGCAGGUGUUCCGAGGGCAGGUGCGUCAGGCGCAGUCCCUGGACAGCAGCACCGCCCGCCUCGACCACCUCCUUCGCACCGUACUUCGUCCAGAAUUCGACAUGUUCCAGCGCGAACGCCAGAUGCUGGAGGCGCGCAGUGGCGCCCGGCAUGACACUCUCCUCCGAACAGUCGACCGCCUCCAGGAGGACUUCCAGACCCAGUCAGACGCCGCCCAGGCAGUCAUUCAUGAGCAGCAGGAAAACGUCAACGAGUUCACUUCAUUUAUGGAGAUCCUCUUCGCUCUGAACCAGCGCGUCGCCCAGUUGGAUAACACUACCACAAAUACGCAGUACCUCCGGGAGCACCCGGGGCUGGAGGGUCUCCUGGACCUCACCGUGUCCAGCCUCCAGAGGGUGGUGGAGCAGUGUAAAUAUUUCCACCGGGAAUGGGGCGCUUUGCGGCAGCUGGUUGACGAUCCCGGGUACCUGGAGUACCGGCAGCGGAAACUCCCGGCGGUCAACAACCGCGUCCUUUUUGACAGCGGGCCGCUGCGUCGCCGCUCCACGCCGGUGUUCAACGAACACUUUAUUACGAAUGCACAGCUGAAAGACGCUAACAUGGAGCUGCUAGAGCGCGCCCGGCUGGCGGAGGUGGCGCGACUGAAAGCAGCUGAUCUGGAAGCGGAACGGGAAAAGGCGCACCACGAGAAGAUGGCUCAGCAGGAAAAGAAACCGGCUGCGCGAAAGAAGCACUGAUAGUAGUUUUUUGUUAAUUGUGUAUUAUGACUGCAUAUUACAAAUCUUUGACUGAUCUCUUAAUUGUCUGGGUAGCCGGCACUGGUGACCUUUUUAGUAAUUGGCAACUUGACUUUACGGAAUGUAUGGUUUCUUAAUCUGUCUUACUUUGGUGCGAUUGCGGUUGGUGAUUUGACAUCUUGUGUUCUUAUCGUUGCAUAGUUUUUUGGUGUCUGUGCGACGCUGCCAACAUUGACCAAAUACAGUACAUAUGUAUAUUAAAUUUUACUAAAGUAAGCGAUAAAUCCUUGGAGGUUCACCUGCGAGAUUACAGU